GCCACGGCAGUUGAAAUCUGACGGCGAAGUGUCCGCGAACGCACACAAGAUACAUUAAAAAAAAAUAACGUUUUAAUCAAUUAAAUUUUUCAGUUUUUGAAUAAGUGAGAAGUGAAAAAAGUGAUUAAUAAAACAUUUUGGACCACAAAAUGGUUGCUCCAAAGUGGUUCAAAAUGCGUCAUUUAGCAGUCCUAAUCUUAAUUAUAUUGGUUAUUGUUGAAGUUACAGAUUCACAAGUUACAAGAGGGAGACGAAGACCUAACAGGAGGACAGGAACUGUAUCAAAAACUAAGGAUCAAAAUGCGGCAGCGAGUGUGAGCGUUUUUAGAGCAAGGAAAAGACCUAAUAAAAUAAUAGCGUCAGAUAAUGCUAUAUCAGCUACUAAAGGAACUAAAAAGGAUAAAGAUGGAUAUAAGGUUGUAUGUUAUUACACGAAUUGGUCACAAUAUCGCCCAAAAGUUGGAAAAUUCACGCCAGAAGAUAUCAUUCCAGAUCUAUGUACGCAUGUUAUUUUCGCAUUUGGUUGGCUGAAAAAAGGGAAAUUGUCCUCGUACGAAAGUAACGACGAAACCAAAGAUGGCAAGAUCGGAUUAUACGAAAGGAUCGAGAAGAUAAAGAAAGCCAACCCGAAGCUUAAGACUUUAUUGGCACUCGGUGGUUGGUCAUUUGGAACCCAAAAGUUUAAAGAUAUGAGUUCAACUCGAUACGCGCGUCAAACUUUCAUUUAUAGCGCAAUUCCGUUUUUAAGAAAUCGUGGUUUUGAUGGUUUAGACAUCGAUUGGGAGUAUCCAAAAGGACAAGAUGAUAAAAAAAAUUAUGUUUUGUUGUUGAAGGAGUUAAGGGAAGCUUUUGAAGCCGAAUCACAAGAGAAUAAGAAGCAACGAUUAUUACUUUCAGCGGCGGUUCCAGUUGGUCCUGAUAACAUUAAAGGCGGAUAUGAUGUCCCGGCCGUUUCUUCUUAUCUCGAUUUUAUCAAUGUAAUGGCGUACGAUUUCCACGGAAAAUGGGAAAGAGAAACUGGGCAUAACGCACCGUUAUACGCACCGAGUUCCGACAGCGAAUGGAGAAAGCAAUUAUCCGUCGAUCACGCUGCUAAUUUAUGGGUCAAAUUAGGAGCCCCGAAAGAAAAAUUAAUCAUUGGGAUGCCAACAUAUGGAAGAACAUUUACUUUAUCAAACAGCAAAAAAUUUGGCGUAAAUAGCCCAGCGAGUGGUGGUGGAAAAGAAGGAACCUACACCAAAGAAAGUGGAUUUUUAGCUUACUACGAGGUUUGCGAGAUGUUACUAAACGGAGCAACUUACGUUUGGGACGAAGAAAUGAAAGUACCUUACGCAGUCCAAGGCGAUCAAUGGGUUGGCUUCGACGACGAAAAAGCGAUUAGAUUAAAAAUGAAAUGGAUUAAAGACAACGGAUUUGGUGGCGCGAUGGUUUGGAGUUUAGAUCAAGACGAUUUCACCGGAACGGUAUGCGGGGGCAACGUUAAAUACCCAUUAGUAGGAGCGAUUCGUGAAGAAUUACGCGAAAUCUCCCGCGGGAAAGAAGCCAAAGACGUCGAUUGGAACAAAAUCGCCGGAACGAUCGAAGAAGACGACGAAGAAGAAGAACAAGAAAUCGAAAAACCCCCGCCCAUUAAAAUAAGCGUAUCUGAAUUGUUAAGGUCAAGAAAGAUUUCAAAAAAAACUUCCCUAAAGUUGCCGAAAAAUGUGCGAAAACCACAAAUUUUAUGUUACAUAACAAAAUGGUCACAAAAACGACCUUCCGCGGGGAGAUUUACCCCCGAAGAUGUUGACCCAAGUCUUUGUACUCACGUCGUGUAUGCUUUUGCAACGUUAAAGGAGCACAAAUUAGCUGAAGCUGAUGAGAAAGACGCUGAAACUUACGAGAGGGUUUUGGAUCUUCGCGAAAAAAAUCCCGAUCUCAAAGUUUUACUUGCAAUUGGUGGAUGGGCUUUUGGAUCGACCCCUUUUAAAGAACUCACUAAUAAUAUGUUUAGAAUGAAUCAAUUCGUUUAUGACGCGAUUGAGUUUCUUCGUGAUUACAAGUUUAAUGGGUUAGAUGUCGAUUGGGAGUAUCCUAGAGGAGCGGAUGAUCGCGAGGCUUAUGUUAACUUAUUAAAAGAAUUAAGAACUGCUUUUGAAGGGGAAGCCAAAACGAGCGGGCAACCUAGGUUGUUGUUAUCGGCGGCUGUCCCAGCUUCUUUUGAAGCGAUCGCAGCUGGAUAUGAUGUCCCAGAAAUCUCGAAAUAUCUUGAUUUUAUUAACGUGAUGACUUAUGAUUUUCAUGGGCAGUGGGAAAGAACUGUCGGGCACAAUUCGCCGUUAUUCCCGUUGGAGGGGGCGACGAGUUAUCAAAAAAAACUCACAGUGGAUUAUUCAGCUAGGGAAUGGGUAAAACAAGGAGCGCCGAAAGAAAAAUUAAUGAUCGGGAUGCCUACUUACGGAAGAUCGUUUGAAUUGGUAAACAUAUCCAACUUCGAUAUCGGCGCCCCAGCUUCCGGGGGAGGCACAGCGGGGAAAUACACGAACGAAGCCGGGUUUAUGAGUUAUUAUGAAAUUUGCGACUUCUUAAACGACCCGGAGAAGCCGGUUUUAGUUUGGGAUAAUGAGCAACAAGUUCCGUUUGCUUAUAAAGAGAACCAGUGGGUUGGAUUUGACGAUGAAAGAAGUUUAAAAACAAAAAUGGCUUGGUUAAAAGAAGAAGGAUUUGGAGGAAUUAUGAUUUGGUCCGUUGAUAUGGACGAUUUUAGAGGAUCAUGCGGUGGGGGGAAAUAUCCCUUAAUAAACGCGAUGAAACAAGAAUUAGAUGGUUAUAAAGUGAAGUUAGAAUAUAAUGGGCCAUAUGAAAGCUCAGCUCCAAUUGGGCAAUACACAACGAAAGAUCCAAAUGAAAUAAGUUGCGAAGAAGAAGAUGGGCACAUAAGUUAUCAUCCCGAUAAAAACGAUUGCACCCGAUAUUGGAUGUGCGAAGGUGACCGGAAACAUCACAUGCCAUGCCCAUUAAAAUUAGUUUUUAACCCAGAUCAAAAUGUAUGCGAUUGGCCCGAAAAUGUUGAGAGUUGCAGUCAACAUACAGAAGCCCCACCAGCUUCGAAACGAUAAAAAAGAAACAUUUUUUUAAAAAUCCCGUAGAAAUUAAUUGUAAAUUAUUUAUUUCCAUUUUUUUUCUAAAUCAAUUACUUUUCUUAAAAACUUUUCUUUCUUAAACAUGUAUAAUACAAAUACAUCUUAUAUUAAGGUUAUAUAUUUUUUUGUAAAUAAAAUAUAGUGUAAAAAAAUAAAAAAAA